CUUUAAUAAAUAAAAACCUCUUUUCUUGCCCUCCUGGGGAAGCCGCUCAUAAGGUUGUAUGAUCUUUUAUUUCCUUUGAAAGUUGGGAACCAUUCAGUGCAUGAAACUUGUCUUUCACAAGAACUGGUUUUCAAUUUAUCCCAAGUGGUCUUUUCUCUGUGACUGCGAUAGCCCAGAACUACCUAAUGGAAUUAUUACAUAGCAACAACAGCAGCUUGUAUCUAUUCUAAUAUAUCCCACUUGGUUUCCAAAAUGUUUAAAAGGUGCAUGUCCCAGGUGUCAGAGUAUAAGUAUUUUUCUUCUUGUUGAAGGGGAUUCGGGUUUUAUAUUUGGAGGCUCCAUGUCUAUAGUGACUGUGGCAAAUUCCUAUUGCCACUUGUUGUUUUUGUUUCUAUUGUUGAUGUUAAGAGUGUAGAAAGAGGAUAAACAACAGCUUAGCAAGAUCAUGAUUGAAAGAGAGACAAUUAAAUAUCAUUCAACAGUGAUCAUUAUGCAAGAAGGCCAUAAAUUGAAUCUGAUAAGAUGGAAAAUGUGUUUCUGGACAAUUUUGUGUUCUUGCAUUAUAAGGAAUCCAGUUAAUGAGAUUUUGCUGACAAAAAACCAGAGGAGAAUAGAUUGCAACACGGUCUCAAAAUUUCAGAACAACGGCAUUAACACCUUUCUGGGACUCAGAUUUCUACAUGGAAUGAUGCAAGGCAUCGACACAUUCUCAAAAUUCUUUGAGAUUUCUAAAUGUGAUCUUAGUGUCUUAAUGAGAGGCCAACUUUCUUCAAUGUUGCUAAAAAUUGCAGUCUAUAUAUUGGAUGGGCAUCAUUCCAUGGGCAAGAAAUGUUUUGCCAUAUGGGGAGACGAUUUACAACUGUUGUGCCUCUUGAUUUACCCUCAAGCAUCUAGCCUCGUGUCAAGUAUUUGGAAUUAUCUAGCUGAUCACCAGACAACCUUCAACUGACCUCAGGGACUUCGUACGAAGUAGACUCAAUGCAAGUGAUUCAGAGUCACCCCCACCUAAUCCAUCUCCGUGUGUCUGGGAAAACGAGGUCCAUCAGAUGUUAUGGCCAUUAUCUCAUGGCAGUGGAUGUUUUGAACCAGAGUCUAAAACGAAGUCAUCACUGGAUGUUUUGAACCAUAGUUUAAAACCAGGUCAUUAACAAAGGCCAUAGUGAUGUCAUUGAUUUUAUUCUAAACCCAUCAAAAACAACAUGAGAUUCACUUUGAUUUCCAGUUAUGCAAGAUCUAUAUGACCUCAAUUGUUUUGAAACUUGAUUCAUGAAUACCAUGCUGACAUUCAGUUCAUGA